UGGGUAAUAUGAAACAUUUAAGACAUCUUGAUAUGAGUCAAACUCGAAUCACCGCUCUGCCAGAUUCCAUCACAAAGCUCUACAAUUUGAUGACUUUGAAAGUAAGUCGCUUGGAAGAGAUACCUAAGAAGUUUAGCAAUUUAAUUAACUUGAGGCAUCUCGAGUUUUCCAUGGGUUUUUGGGGAUCGGCCCCCAUAUUUGAUCCCUGGGAUUGGGCAGCUGGCUAAUCUUCGGACGUUGCCCUACUUCGUGGUAAGCCAAGACAAGGGAUGUCAGCUUGAGGAGCUGGAACACUUGCGCAACCUCCGAGGCGAGCUAAAAAUUUUUGGACUUGAGAAUGUGAGCAGCUUUGAAUCGGCAGCAAAAGCAAAGUUGUCCGAAAAAUCAAGCAUUCAAAGUUUAACACUUGAAUGGGAUGAUACAAAUGAAGAUUGCGAUGACGACAAUAUCAAUAGUGUCAUGGAAGGUCUCCAACCUCGCCCAGACUUGAAAAGUUUAGCCAUUAAUGGUUUCAAAGGUUCAAGGUUUCCGUCGUGGAUGGUGGCAAAGGAUCACUUGAUGGUACUCCUAAGGAAUCUGGUACACCUCAGGUUGGAGAAAUUGGGUAAGUGUGAACAAGUACCAUCACUAGGGGACUUGCCUUGUCUCGAGUCCUUAGACAUGGUCUCCUUACACAAUGUGAAGCGCAUUGGGGCAGAAUUCUAUGGUCUCCUUACACAUCUCGAUAUUAAUGCAAGGAGCAGCGCUUCUUGUAGUAGCAGCACCAGUAGCAGAGAGGUGAAACCAGUCACUCUGUUUCCAAAACUAAGGCGUUUUGGGCUGCGGAACAUGAAAAGGCUAGAGGAGUGGUCAGAUGCAAUGGUUCCCUCGGAUUCUUCUUCAUCAAUUAAGGUAUUCCCUAGUCUCCGGUACUUGGAAAUCGAAGGGCUCCCCAAGUUGGCUUUUUUACCAGAUAUGGAGAACUUGACAUCUCUUGAGGUGUUACGGAUAGAGAGAUGCGGAAGUUUUGCUUGUAUAAGGAAUUUGAAUAGCCUUAUAUCUCUCGAAUUCUUAUAUUUAGAUGACUGCCCUGCUUUAUUAGAUGCUUCUCUGGAUAUGAAAAACCCCCAAUCCCUACGUGCUCUACGCAUCUCAGGAUGUGAUAAGUUGAAUCCUUCAUUGAGUAAUAAUCUUGAGAAGUUCACAUCGCUCGAGGAGUUGAGUAUCGUUUCUGAUGACCCUGGUUCUUGGCCAAUUAUGGCUCUACACAGUCUAGCCAACCUCCGUGAGUUGGAUCUCGGUGGUGGCUUCUCUGACGACCUUGAUCAUUUCCCGUGGCCACACUCCAUCACCAAUCUCGUCUCGCUGGAGCAUCUUGUAUUGAGUGGAUGGCCAAAAAUCACGUCUCUCCCAGACCAAAUUCAGCAUCUCUCUAACUUGAGAACUUUAUAUAUUGGGAAGUUUGAGGGGUUGGAAGUUCUUCCAGAGUGGAUGGGUAGCCUUCGGAAUCUUCGAGCAUUGGAUAUUCGUAAUUGCUCUAACCUCAGACAAUUGCCCUCUGCAGAAGCAAUGCGACACCUCACCAGUUUAAAUCAACUACAUAUCAACAGCUGUCCUCUUUUAGCAGAGAGAUGCACCAAAGGAAGUGGCGCAGAGUGGCCCAAGAUUGCACACAUUCCCUUGGUUCAAAUCUAUCCGUUGAACAAAGUUUGACUCGUUCUGUUUUUAACUGGGACUAGGACCAAAGUAUUUCCAUGAGGACAGACACCUGAGUUACAGUUUUACAGUGUCAUAUGCAAGCAGACAACUGUGUGUGUUGGAAAUUGGAAUGGGAAUCGGCAUGCGUCCAAUGAUGAGUCCACAUGCGGGAAUCGACAAUGGUGCAGCAGUGAGGAAAAGAGUUGCAAAGCGGUGAGCUGAGACCACAUUCUAAUGUUUGGGGGAUUUUGAUGAAUCCUGUUCUAACCAACUAUGUUGAACGGCAUCUUUAUUGCUGUUUACAUGUUUCUCAAUGUCCAGCUCUGUUGUAAGGUGAAACUAUAUAAUAAUGUAUUCAAUGGGAUUGAAAAAUUUAUGACC